UGGCUAGUUGGGGUGUGGUCAAAGGGCAUAUAACUGCAUGUUAUUGCUUUGGGGCUCUUCUGUUGGUUGUUGCUUCUAGUUGUAUCUUCUAUCCAGUUAAAUCAGGACUCAGAAGCAGUGUCAAUUAGGCUAUCUAGCGUGCUGUUGGCUAAACUAAACUUUCCUCUACACAACUGCCUCAGUCUCCACUCUUCUAUUAGUUGAGUUGACUAAGAUACCCAUUAGUCCAUCAGGUUUAGCCUAAUCUCUUGGCUUCAUACCCAUCAGAGGGACACUCAUCUCCUGCGCCUGCUCCUUCGCCAGAGUGAAGAUGUCUCUCCAGGCUCCGCUCCUACCUGCAGUGGUCCUGUCUCUGGUUCUGGAAGUGUUGGCUCUGACAGGGCUGUCCCAUGCCCAGCUCCAGCCCAAGGCUUCUGUCCUGGAUUUCUCAGCCAGCCUGGGAAACCUCCUCCCCAGCCUCAGCCGUCCGGCCAACUCCAGCCGGAUCUUCUAUGGGGUAAUGUUUGACGCUGGCAGCACUGGGACACGCAUCCAUGUCUACACCUUCAUACAGAAAGACACUGAGGAGUUACCAGUGUUGGAUAAUGAGAUGUUCCAUUCCAUCAAGCCUGGUCUGUCGGCAUACGCAGACAUGCCUGAAAUGGGUGGGUACACAGUGAGGCAGCUUCUUAAGGUGGCAAAGAAGACUGUCCCGCAGCUGGAUUGGAAGAGAACCCCACUGGUCCUGAAAGCUACAGCAGGAUUCAGGCUGCUGCCCCCAGAGAAAGCCCAGGCUCUGCUGGAACAGGUGCAGGACGUGUUUGAUGAAUCUCCCUUCUUCGUCCCAGACGACAGCGUCAGCAUAAUGGAUGGUACAAAUGAAGGAAUUUUGGCGUGGGUUACUGUGAACUUUUUGACAGGUCACCUGUAUGCUGAGACCAGGAACACAGUGGGGAUUCUAGAUCUGGGGGGUGGAUCAACUCAAAUCACUUUUCUACCCAAAUCCAAGAAAACCAUUGUAAGUUCUCCUGCUGACUACAUUGCCAGAUUUGACAUGUUCAACUCUACAUAUGAACUGUACACUCACAGCUACCUGGGUAAUGGACUGAUGGCAGCCAGACUGGCAGCCCUAGGAGCACUGGGGGCAGAAGGGUUGAAGUGGAGAGUGUUCAAAAGCGCCUGUCUGCCCAAGAAGUUCAGAGAGGAGUGGAGCUUUGGAGGACUCACCUACACAGUCAGCGGGAUACCUGAUGGUUAUGCAGGAUACAAGCUGUGUUACCAGGAGGUGUUGAAGGUAGUGAAGGGAAUAGUUCACCAGCCCUAUGAGUUGAAAGACACCAGUGUGUUCUAUGCUUUCUCCUACUACUUUGACAGAGCCGUGGACGCAGGCCUUAUUGAUGGGACCCAAGGAGGAAUGCUGGAGGUCAGAGACUUUAAGAAGGGAGCUAAAGAGGUGUGUAACAAGAUGUCUAAGUACCGUCCUGUCAGCCCCUUCUUGUGUAUGGACAUGACCUACAUCACCUGUCUGCUCAAAGAUGGCUUCGGCUUCAAAGAGAACACUGUACUGCAGCUGACUAAGAAGGUGAACAAUAUUGAGACAAGCUGGGCGUUAGGUGCCACGUUCAAACACUUCCAGAACCUAAAGAUCCACUGA